GGGGUGUCAGGUGUUCCCUGGGCCCGGGUGUGCGCAUCCGCGUGCAGGGGUGUCAGGCGUUCCCUGGGCCCGGGUGUGCGCAUCCGCGUGCAGGGGUGUCAGGUGUUCCCUGGGCCCUGGUGUGCGCAUCCGCGUGCAGGGGCGUCAGGUGUUCCCUGGGCCCGGGUGUGCGCAUCCACGUGCAGGGGCGUCAGGGGCACGUGCACGCACAGGUGUGCGCUGGCCCCACGUCCCUCCUGUUCUGGAGCAUCGGCCUCCAAGGCACCUUCAUCAAAAUCUUAUGUAGAACUUUCAUUUUUGCUGCUUCCCUCGAAACAAGAGGCUUUUUGUGCAAAUAGCCAAAAUUCCAGUUUUUACUGUCACCCUUGGUUGCCUUUCCCAUCGCUCACUUUCGCUGUGUGUGUAUGUACGUAUUUGUGUAUUUAUACGCACAGGUAUGCUUUUGCUGUACAGGUAAUAAAGACGGGGGAAAGUUUUUGUGUUUUCUUAAUAGGUGAAGAAAUCUUGAAGACCAGAAAUUGCAACUUACUGAAUUUUAAAUUAAAAAAAAAAAAAAAAACAAAAAAAACCAAAACCAAAAUUGUCCGGCUGUGGAAGAUGGAGCCUCAUUUUUGCAGCCACUUUGAACCACAAGUUCAUCUUUAAGUGCCCCGGGGUUUUUUUGUUGGCUUUUUUGGUUUUCGGUUGUGAAGAGCUCACUAACCUGGCUGUCUCCAGUCUGGCAGUAUUCACAUGGACUUGCUUCCUCCGGUAGUUGUCAGAUGGUUGAAUUGUGGAGGAGAGGUUCCCUUGGCAAUGUGAGGAGGAAAAUUCUUCCUACCCCUUUAUUAUCAAUUCAUGGAUUCAGUGUUGGUUCGGCCUACAGGAGAACUUACCUGGGAGUCUUUGAAGAUCAGUAUCUUUGCUGAAGUUGUCCAGGGUUACUCUUAAAAAGAAGAUUUCACUGAUCAAGCCAGAGAAGACUCAGAGUCCAAGAAAGUGCCACCAGCUCUGGCCAAGAGUGGAGGAAGUUCCUGCUGAGUGAACCCUUGGAACCUGCGGGUUCUAAGAACUUACCCGUUAUGUCUAACCAAGGAGAUGACUGCUACUUCUACUUCUAUUCCACGUGUAACAAGGGAGACAGCUGUUCGUUCCGCCACUGUGAAGCCGCUCUGGGGAAUGAGACUGUUUGCACGCUCUGGCAGGAGGGUCGCUGCUUCAGGAAUAUCUGCAGGUUCAGACACAUGGAAAUCGAUAAGAAGCGCAGUGAGAUUCCGUGUUACUGGGAGAAUCAGCCGGUGGGCUGCCAGAAAUCCAACUGUGCUUUCCAUCACACAAAGGGACGUUAUGUUGACGGACUCUUCUUACCGCCAAGCAAAACCGCGCUUCCCAGCCCGCCCGAGUCUGCCGAAGACGAUGUGAAAAUGGCUCAGCUGUCACUGCAGCCAAACAAACUGUCGGUGCAGUCAAACCCCUCCCCGCAGCUCAGGGGGGUGAUGAAAGUGGAAAACUCUGAAAACGUCCCGAGUCCCACACAUCCUCCGGUUGUGAUCAACGCCGCCGAUGAUGAUGAAGAUGAUGAUGACCAGCUUUCUGAAGAAGGAGAUGAAACUAAAACACCAGUCCAGCAACCAGCGACAGAAGCCCAUAAUGGAUUGCGGAUAAUUUCCACUAGGAAAUGCAACUCUAAUACAAAACAAGAUGACAAUUUAAAUUUUGGAAUAAAAACACUUGAAGAAAUCAAAUUGAAGAAACUAAAGGAAAAAACAAAAAAACAAGGUGAAGGUCCUUCAGAAGAUGCUGUUCAUCCUCUCCAGUCUCGGACUAUUCCUGUGCCAGAGAAGGAAAACGUGCGCACGGUGGUGAGGACUGUGACUCUCUCUACCAAGCAAGGGGAGGAACCCGUGAUUCAGCUGAAUCUUGCCGAGAGACUGGGGAAGCGGAAACCUUCCACAGCUGUUAAAAACGUCCUUCCGCUGAAGCGCAACCUUGCUGAGAGGCUGGGGAAGAAGAUAGAGAUCCUGGAGAAUGCUGACAAGGCGCCCAAGCGAGUCCAAGUCCCCAAGUCUCUGAAGGAAAGGCUGGGAUUGCCCUCUGAACAGCCCAGUACAGAGACAGAGAAGGCUGCUAAGCCAACAGGGGAGAUCCACGUGAAAACGCUGGAGGAAAUUCGGCUUGAGAGAGCUAAUCAGAGACGAGGAGAACCCCCUGCAAAACCCCAGAGCGAAGGACGCUGCAAAACAGAAGAUCCCCCCUCGGGGACAAGACCUUCCCCUGCGGUUCGCAUCAAAACCUUCUCAGGAGCCCCGGCUGAAAGAAAACACAAGCUAUUGGAAGAGGAGAAGCAAAAACCAGAAGAGAUUCCUGCCAAGGCUAAAGCGGAGAGCGAGCCCAGGAGGCAGAGCGUGCUCGUUCCAUCUGCACCCAGCAAAGCGCAGCUGGCAGAGCCCGCAGGUAAAGCCAAGGCAGCAGGGGAGGUGCGAAUUAAAACCUUGGAGGAGAUCAAGCAGGAGAAAGCUCUGCGGAUGCAGCAGAGCGGAGAAAACGUACCAGCUCCACCAGCGCAGCCCGAGCCUGCCCCGAAGGGGAGGAGGUUGUUACGGAUCACAAAGCUCGCAGCACCUGGAAGAGAAGAAAAGAAGGUGGUGGAGUUGAACAAGCCUCCCAAAGCCGUGUCUGUGCCCGCAGAGCCCUCUGAUCAGAGUGCAACGAAUUCCAAAGUUCAAGUGAAGAGCCUUGAAGAGAUAACGAGGGAGAAACGGCAGCUGCAACAGCGCCAAGAAGAGAAGGUGCCGAAGGAGGCAACCGCUGUGCCGUCUCCUGGGGAGAAAGCGACCAAGGCUCAAACCCCAGCAUUGGGGAGUCCUGAAGCCAGCGCGGUUCCGGGGGCAGCUUUUCCGCCUGCAAAGAGAGCGUUGGUGAGAUCUCCGGACGAUGGGGUCGAAAGCCCAGGCAAGGAUGCUGCUGGAUCCCCAGGGAAACAGGCAGCGCAGCUUCUGGAACGCAAAGUGAAAGCCAAACCCAAGGUGAGCCCGAAGCCUUCGGACGGGAAAGCCGCCUCCCCCACGAAACAGGCUCCGAAACGGAAGGCAGCUGAGAGCCAUCGCUCGGCCGUGGCGGCUGUGAAACCCCUGAGUGCCACCGGCGGGGACACCAAGGAGCCGGCAGCCAAAAAGGCAGCUGUGGCCGUUGUUCCUGCCUUGCCAGAGGACAGCCUGGUCCCCACGCCCGGGAGAGAGAAACCCAAAACCAGUCCUGAAGCGCAGCUGGGCAGCCCAGCGGCCCCGGCGCCACACUCGGACGUCUCUGGUGCCAGCUCCUCGCCCGCCGCGGUGAAGACGCGCCGGCUGAGCUCCACGGGCGCGGGGAAGGCGCCCCUGUCGGUGGACGACGACUUUGAGAAGCUGAUUUGGGAAAUCUCGGGAGGCAAACUGGAAGCAGAAAUUGAUCUGGACCCGGGGAAGGACGAGGACGAUCUCCUUCUGGAACUUUCCGAAAUGAUUGACAGCUGAACUGCAGAGUCUUAAGAUUUAAAAAAAAAAAAAAAAGAAACCAAACAAAACAAUUAAAACUCUGUUUUGUUCAAUUGUUCAAUUCCCAGAGGUGACCCCUUUUCUAGCUGAGGCUUUGCCGUGAGUCUUAAAGCACAGUUGAACUGGUAGAAGUGGCAGCACCUGCACUCGGUUGUCCUGAGUUUCCCUGCUGGUCAGAGUCAAGGUCCUGUGCGUCCGUUCCGUGACCAUCGGUGACGCCUUCGACAGUCAGAGGACAAAGCACUUGUUCAUUUGGGGACGGAGAAAAGCCCGUCUACAAACCGCGGUGGUUGGGAAUUGAUCUACUGAUCCUCAAGGCUCAAACUUCCUUCCUCCUCCUCCCCUGGCAAAACUCGAUGUUGAGCGUGUUUCACAGUUUUGGAAUUCUGGUUUCUCGGACAGUUGCUAUCUAAAGCCUGGAGUUACUAUGUCAACUCUUGAGUUUUAUUUAUGUAUGCUAUCGUUUUUGACUUUAAUCUUUCGGGGUAAUUUAAUGAAAAUGUUGGGGUGGGAGGGAGCAGAAUAAUUAGUAUUUUGGACCAAACGUGCUGCCGAGGGUGGUGGCUGGGGUCAGGCCAUCCAGCCUUACUUUGAAUUAUCAGGGAUGAUACCAUGUUGGUGUGAAAGCAGCGGCUCUCACGCACGGGUCCACCACCCCCUCCCGUUUUGUUCUCCUGUACCAAAGCUUGGGGGGGUGGUGCUUUUUACUGAUGUGAACAGGAUUUGGAGCAGGUGGUCGAGAUUCCUCUCACAGUCUGCAGCAAAUUGGUCAACUGAAAAUUGGUUUAAGUGCCUCUUGGUUCCCAGAAUCGCCCCCCAGCUCCUGCCCUUUGCUGGGAGGCAGCGGCUGUUCAGACUCGUGUUCAGAUGCUGUUGGUUUGUCAGACCUCCCGAUGUCCGUCCGGGAACCCGGUACCGCUGCAGCCCCCCCUGCUCUCCCUUCUGGGCAUUUCCCUGCACCCCAAACCCACCCCUGCGGCUUUUGCUCCGUGUGGCAAUACAGACUGGAGGUUGCUGGUCUGCCCCGGGUGUCAGCUGGAAUUUGUGACCCUGUGGCAAAUAGAGAUAUUUUGAAUUAUUAAAGUUUUGAAGAACUCUCUUCUGCCUGCGCAGUCGCGUGCUGCUGGCAGAGGAAAAAUCGGUGGUUUGAGUUCAUUUUUCAGUAGUCUGUUUUUGGAAGAAGACCCUCGUGUGCUUCGAUCCCCCCUGCGCUGUCUCAGUUCCCAGAGGGAGAUUCCCAAAUUCCCAAAAGCUGCUGUUUGGCCCCAGCCCGUUUCUCCUCCUGAGACUUUUGCAUCAGCUGCUCGCACAGAGCGACCUGGGGAGAGAGGAGGAAGAGCCUCCACUGCCCGGCUCGGCCGCUGGAGCCGGGGUUCGCGUACGCGUGAUUUCUGUACAUAUUUUAUUCUGCCAUUUUAUAUUUGUAUUCUAUUUAAGGUAUGGUGUUAAACGUAGUCUGGCCUCCUCCGCCGUCACCGGUAGUUGAACUGUUCCACACAACAGCAGCUCACAGUGUUUUUAAAUAAACCUCACCCGGGAAA